AUGAUAUCUAAUCGCCACAACAAAGAAGAAAGGGGCACGAGACAUUUCUCUAAGUUCUGUAAUCCUCGUUUAGGAAUGGAUAUGACAAGGAGAGUGACUAGAAACCAGAAUGAUGAUGAUGCGUCUAACAGCAAGACUAUCAAGACUGAUGAUGUGGGACCUUGGUUGUACCUCAACCAUGAUCUGCUUUCGAUAGUCAUGAUGCAACUUGGAGUCAUCGAUUUUCUUGCAUUCAGUGGGGCUUGCAAGUCAUGGAGAUCAGUAGCACUCAGUAACUGGAAAACAUUUAUGGCAUCCAAACCACCAAUACUACUGUUGAUCCCUCUCAGUGGUAAUAAUGAUAUGCUAUACUGGCUAGUGGAUUCUGAAGGAAAAGAUUUCAAAACCAUAAUUCCCCAUUCUGCUGGCUGGGAUGACGUUGGAUUAACUUGUGGUUACUUGAUCUUGUUAAGGAAGAAAACAUACGAGUUCUGGCUUGUGAAUCCUAUCACUAGGCAUGAACUUCAUUUCCCUCCUGCUCCUUCCAGUAAUCAAAUAUGGUUUUCUAUAGAGAAUGAGGGAGCAUGGAAUCGUGUUUCCUCCACUUUCGACUUUACCUUUAAGGAUUUACAUGUUUUCAAGGGGAGGAUAUAUAGUGUAAGUAUUAGAGGUCAUUUUUGCGAACUCACACUUGAGCCUGAGCCCAAACUGACUUUACUGGAAACAAAGAAUCUUCUUGAUGAGGAUAUAUCUUUCCCAGAACUGGUAAGUUGGGGUGAAAACAUUUACGUGAUGGAAAACUUGAAGGUUUAUAAAUUAGAUUUUGGUGAAAUGGAAUGGGUGCCUUUUCAAUAUACUGGAGACAAACAUGAUUUUGCUUUCUUUCUUAGCGAUUUGAGUCAUAGUGCUGCUUCUAAACCAGAGUCAUGGGGAUCCGAGCCUGGCAGAUAUGUUGUUUAUGAAGGAGGUGGAAAGGGAAGAUUCUUUAUUGCAGUUCAAUGGUAUUUUCCUCAUGAAUGCUUAAAUGUUAAUCUCUUACACGAUGCAUGA